AUGGGGAAAUUGAAAAAAGGAAGAAGAAAUGUUAAAAACAGAUUAAAUCCAAUAGCGUCUAAGUCUCAACAUGAAAUAAAAAAGGACGAAUCAACUAGACAAUCCAAAAUUUUACCAUUAAUCAAUAAAUUAAAAUCAACUAUUCCCAAUGACAAAUCAAUGGCUCUUGGAGCUAUCACUGUAUUAGCAGAAGAUGCAAGAAUGAGGCAAUUACUUUUAAAGGAAAAACUAGUUCAAGUGGUCACUGAAUAUUGUUUAAACGAUUCGAAUGAUGAAAUUGUUGUGGAGGCUUUUGGCUUAUUAAGGAAUUUGUGUAUCGAAUCAGGUUACGAUGUUGUAAUGUUUUUAUGGAGACAAGGAAUAUGGACCAGUAUUGAAAAUGCAUUAGAUAAAAUAAAUAACUCAUUUAAAUAUUUGACUGAAAAGGACAUCAUGGAGAAAGAUAAGUCUAAAAUACAAUUAUUAUUUGAUUUCACCGAAAACAUAUUGAGUUUGAUAACUACCCUAGCGAGUGAGGAUGAGUCCAUAUAUGAAUUUAUACUUGCAAAAAUUGAUCCUAUAAUAGAUUUCAUCUUCAAGACGUUGAAAUUUCAUAUUUCUGGAACAUUUAAAAUUUCCAACAAAUUAUUUACCGCAUUGCUCGAAUUUAUUUAUGAAUUUUCAUCUGAAUCAACAGAAUUUGUUGAAAAAUGUGAUAAUUUUGAAUGUUGGGACGAAGUUUCCUCCUAUAUCGAGGAAUCCAAUGUUAAAUUGAGUAAAAUUUAUCUUGAAGGAAUAAAAUUCAAUAAAUAUGAAGUACAGCAGACAACGUCUGAUAAAACACAAGAAGUAUGCAGCGAAGUAUUACAACAAAUAUACGACACGGUCAAAGAUUUUGAUCUACAGCAGUUGAGAUUACGUAUUGAGACUAUUCAAAAUUUAAAAAAUGGAAACGAGCCAAUAAGAAAAGACUCAAAUACAAUUGAGAAAGAUUUGUCUUCAAGUAAUGAAAGUAAAAUGGAAGUCAAAACCGACCUUUUAACAAUUGAGACUGGGUUGACAAUUAUUACAUCCAUUUUAGAACAUUUAUCAAUCAAUGAGGAAGAUGCAAGUGAGCCGGUGUUACUUUUACCAAAUACACAGAAUAUUUUAUUUGAAAAAAUUGGACCAAUGCUAAUAGAAUUGUUAAAGUUUGAAUUGACGGAGAAAUCAUUAAUGUUAGGAAAACCAAUCUUAGGAGCAAUUAACAACUUCGGUUGGUUAAUACUAAGUAACGAGCAUCUUCCAGUUCCUUGGUUUGAAAUGUCUCUAAAACUUUGGGAUAUUCUUUUGACCAUCAAUGAUGAUGAAUUACAGAAGUCAAGUUUGAGUAUAUUAUGGGCAAUUUUAAAAAGUUCGGGUCCAGAACUUGGAGACAAAAUACCAAAUCUGAUGAUUGAAAGACUAUUGGCUAUGCAAUUGGAUCAUGACAAUUUAAGUAUGAUUGGAGUUAUUGGAUCAAUAGCUUCAACGAUAAAUAAUUCAACUAUUACCUAUCAAAUUUCACAAUUUUUAUUUCAUACAUUAAGUUUAGCUUGUGAAAACACGAAAAAUAUUAUUAAUUUGGAAAUAAUAAUUGAAACUUUAAAUAUGAUAUUUGAUAUAUUUGGUGAUAAAGAAUAUCCUUAUGAUUAUGAAGUAUUUGUUAAAAAUGAUUACAUAUCUAUAUUGAGAAGAUUAGAACCAAAAUUGAAAGAAAUCUAUAAGAAAAUAGAUAAGAAUAAAGAGCCACAGUUGAAAUUGAAAAUGGAAGAAACAUGGAUAAAUUUGGAAAGAUUUAUUCAAUACAAGAUUAAUGAAAGAUUAUAG